CCGAUGUAUGUUUGCGUGACGUGUCAAGCGAAAAAGAAGUGAAUUCAAUGAAAUAUAAUUCGGCCAACUGGAUUAUUUUGUGUUUUUGAUCGUUCGAAGUUUUAGUUGAAAACAAAAAUAAUAUUAAUCAAAUUUAUUUGAAUUUCGAGUGAAAUAAGAAAAGAUCAACGACAUGCUCGUUAACUUUGAAUCAAAAUCGGCCCGUGUCAAAGGCAUUUCAUUUCAUCCAAAACGACCGUGGAUCUUAGCCAGUUUGCAUAGUGGUGUAAUUCAACUAUGGGACUAUCGUAUGUGUACAUUGCUCGAAAAAUUCGACGAACAUGAUGGUCCAGUUCGUGGUAUUUGUUUUCACAACCAACAGCCGUUGUUCGUUUCCGGUGGUGAUGAUUUCAAAAUCAAAUUUUGGAAUUACAAGAAACGUCGUUGCAUCUUCACAUUGCUUGGCCAUUUAGAUUAUGUGCGUACCACAUUUUUCCAUCAUGAAUACCCAUGGAUUUUGAGUGCGUCCGAUGAUCAAACGAUUCGUAUAUGGAAUUGGCAAUCGAGAACAUGUAUUUCAGUGUUGACUGGCCACAAUCACUAUGUUAUGUGUGCCAUGUUCCAUCCGGUCGAAGAUCAAAUUGUGUCGGCUUCAUUGGAUCAAACAGUUCGCGUUUGGGAUAUCGCAGGUAUUGCGAAUAGAGAUGGAAUGAAAGGUUUGCGUAAGAAGAAUGUGGCACCGGGUCCAGGCGGAUUAGAAGAUUUACCAAAAUUACAAGGAGCAACCGAUUUGUUUGGUGUUGCUGAUGCGGCCGUGAAGCAUGUAUUAGAAGGUCAUGAUCGAGGUGUUAAUUGGGCCAGUUUCCAUCCAUCGUUGCCGCUUAUUGUGUCUGGUGCCGAUGAUCGGCAAAUCAAACUCUGGCGCAUGAAUGAAUAUAAAGCAUGGGAAGUCGACACAUUCCGUGGCCAUUACAAUAAUGUGUCCAGUGUAUUGUUCCAUCCACGUCAAGAGCUUGUGAUAUCAAACGGCGAAGAUAGAAGUAUUCGCGUUUGGGAUAUGACAAAACGUCAAUGUUUGCACACAUUCCGACGAGAAAACGAACGGUAUUGGAUUCUUACGGCGCAUCCAUCAUUAAAUUUAUUUGCGGCCGGUCAUGAUGGCGGUAUGAUUGUUUUCAAAUUGGAACGUGAGCGUCCUGCAUACGCUGUGCAUGGAAAUAUUUUGUAUUAUGUAAAAGAUCGUUUCUUGCGUAAAUUGGAUUUUACCACCACAAAUCAAUCGGUCGUGAUGCAGCUGCGUGGCGGUUCAAAAUCACCCGUACACAGUAUGUCAUAUAAUCCAGCUUUGAAUGCAAUUUUGAUUUGUACGCGUACGGCAAAUCUUGAAAAUAGCACCUAUGAUCUGUACAGCAUUCCAAAAGAUUCGGAUUCAAAUCAACACAAUGAAACCGAAAGUAAACGUUCGUCGGGAAUAACAGCAUUAUGGGUGGCACGUAAUCGAUUCGCUGUACUUGAUCGUAACAAUCAAUUGGUGGUGAAAAAUUUCAAAAAUGAAGUCACCAAAAAAUGUAUGUCACAGUGUGAAGAUAUUUUCUAUGCUGGUACUGGCAUGCUACUGUUGAAAGAUGCUGAUUCUGUGACAUUGUUCGAUGUACAACAGCUUCGUGUUAUUGCCACAGUGAAAAUAGCCAAAUGUCGUUAUGUUGUAUGGUCGGCAGAUAUGUCACAUGUUGCUCUAUUGGCCAAACAUACAGUCAGCAUUUGUAGCCGUAAUAUGGAUUUGUUGUGUUCAAUUCAUGAGAAUACACGUGUUAAAUCGGGCGCCUGGGACGAUUCAGGUGUAUUCAUUUACACAACAAGCAAUCAUAUCAAAUAUGCAAUUACAAAUGGUGAUCACGGCAUCAUUCGAACAUUGGACCUUCCGAUUUAUAUUACACGUGUCAAAGGUACCGAAGUUUUCUGUUUGGAUCGUGAAUGCCGUACGCGUGUGCUCAACAUCGAUCCAACUGAAUUCAAAUUCAAAUUGGCAUUGAUCAAUCGCAAAUACGAAGAAGUGUUGCAUAUGGUGCGCAAUGCCCGUUUGGUUGGUCAAAGUAUUAUUGCCUACCUACAGCAAAAGGGUUAUCCAGAAGUUGCUUUGCACUUUGUAAAAGAUGAAAAGACACGAUUCAGUCUGGCAUUGGAAUGUGGUAACAUCGAAGUGGCCUUGGAAGCAGCCAAAUCAUUGGAUGAUAAAGAUAGUUGGGAUCGUUUGGGUCAAGCGGCAUUAAUGCAAGGAAACCACCAGGUCGUUGAAAUGAGCUAUCAACGCACCAAAAACUUUGACAAACUUUCAUUCUUGUAUUUGAUUACUGGCAAUUUGGAGAAAUUGAAGAAAAUGAAUAAAAUCGCUGAAAUUCGAAAAGAUGUUUCGGCACAAUAUCAAGGUGCUUUGCUAUUGGGUGAUGUUAAAGAGCGCAUUUCGAUUUUAAAGAAUUGCGGACAAAAUUCGUUGGCUUAUUUGACAGCGGCCACAAAUGGUUAUGAGGACGAGGCAAAGGAAUUGGCCGAUGUCAUAACCGCUGAUGGGAAAGCGCUGCCAGAACCAAAUACCAAUGCGGUUUUGUUGAAUCCACCGCUUCCAGUGCAACAAGCCGAAAGCAAUUGGCCACUGUUGACUGUUACACGAGGUUUCUUUGAAGGAGCAAUGUUGUCACGUGGAGCACAAAAUGUACACCAAGCAUUGACAGCAGUUGAGUCAACAAUUGAUGAGGGAGCCGGCGAUGGUUGGGGUGCCGAUGCGGAUAUUGGUUUGGGUGACGACGAGGAUGAUGACAUGAAAGAUGCCCUUGAAACCGUGGAAGGUGACAAUGAAGGGCCUGGAUGGGAUGUUGGCGAUGAAGAUCUCGAUAUUCCCGAAGAAAUUGCGGCCAAAAUGUCAGCGGUUAGCAUUAGCAACGAUGGAAAUUUUGAAGCACCAAAUCGUGGUCCAAGUUAUACACAAUAUUGGGCAAAUAAUACAAACUUAGUUGCCGAUCAUUUGCGUGCCGGUUCACUUGAGUCCGCAUUCCGUUUGCUCAAUGAUCAAGUCGGUGUUGUACAAUUCGAGCCAUUUAAAGAAAUUUUCAUGCAAUUCUUCAUUGGUGCACGCACUUCAUAUUCAGCAUUGCCAAGCUUAGAUCCAUUGUUUGGGCAUCCACAACGUAAUUGGAAAGAAGCAAAUGUUAAAAAAGCCCAUCCAACUGUUUAUGUAAAACUUAACGAUUUAAUUCAACGGCUACAGGCAUGCUAUCAAUUAACAACAGCUGGAAAAUUCACGGAGGCAAUUAGUAAAUUGCAGUCAAUAUUAGUUUCAAUUCCAUUGCUUGUGGUUGAAAAUCGACAAGAAAUUGCCGAAGCUCAACAGCUAUUAAGUAUUUGUCGUGAGUAUGUGGUUGGCAUCAAAAUGGAAACGAAUCGCAAAGGUUUGCCAAAUGCAACGCUUGACGAUAAGAAACGUCAUUGUGAAAUGGCCGCAUAUUUUUCACAUUGUAAUUUACAACCAGUCCAUCAAAUUUUAACACUGCGAACGGCAUUGAAUAUGUUCUUCAAGUUAAAGAACUUUAAAACGGCCGCUUCAUUUGCCCGACGAUUACUUGAGCUCGGUCCAAGACCAGAAGUUGCGCAACAAGCUCGUAAAAUUUUACAAGCAUGCGAAUUGAACCUCACCGACGAACACGCACUCGAAUACGAUGAACAUAAUCCAUUCAAUUUGUGUGCCAACACAUUCAAACCGAUUUACAAAGGUAAACCGGAAGAGAAAUGCCCAUUAUGCGGUGCAUCGUAUCAACCAACAUUCAAAGGAACAUUGUGUAAUGUAUGCGAAGUCGCCGAAGUUGGCAAAGAUGUAGUUGGACUUAGAAUAUCACCAUUGCAGUUUAGAUAAAUAUUAACCCAAUCCAAAUUUCUUUAUUAAUCAACCAAUUUUACUUUGAUAAGAAAAAAAAAACUAUAAUUAAAGCAUUUAUACGGUCAUAAAAAAUGUAACGACUGUCGGAAAUUUAAGAGAAAAUUUCGUUGUAUUAUUUCAUCCUGUAAACGUUGAUUUAUAAAUAUCAAACAAUCAAUCAAUAA